UCAUGAACAUUUUGAUUAAAAAUAAAUUCUUGGCACCGUCCAAAUGACAUUAUUUCAUCCUCGUGAAAUAUCUAUAGAACAUGUUUGAUUAUUGAUUAUGAUUUUUCCCCCAGUUAUAAAAAAUAUUGGCUUAAUCUAAACCUUCAUCUUGUAUGUUGGAUCUGAUCUCAGUCAUUUAAAGAAAUGUUGCCUUUGAUUCCUGUUUCCAUUGUAGACAAAAAAUCUAACGCUUUUAUAGUAGCUGUAAUUAAACCUAUAUUUAGAAAUAUUCCCUCAAUCAAGAGGAUUUAAUAAAUUAUCUAAUCUCCAUUUAUUAUCUACAAUCAUUGAGAAAAUACUUGUCUUGUUAGAUCUCAGAGCUUCUUUGAACAGUCGAUCACAAUAAUCUUAGAAAUGUCUAAACAUGCUGCAGGGAUCAAGGGAAAAAGCCCUGAGCAAGUUUAAAUCUUAUUCAUUCAGAAUCGUGUUUUACAUUUAUUAUAUAUCUAAUAUUCUAUCAGACAUUAAAGCAUCUUAAUUUAUAAUAUUUCUAACGGCCUCUAUCCACAUGAUGUUAUAUAAUCCAACAGUCCUUAUUUAACUUGAUCAUAUUUCAAUGAACGUUUCAGAGCCUCAAAUUCAGAGGCAUUAUUUUCCCUCCUGAUGUUGGUCGGUAGGUGGCGCCAAAGGGAAGGUCCAGACCGAGUAGGCCAAGGUUAACCUCCUGUCUUCUAACACGUCCGGAGGACUGCUACAAACCCUGCAGAACCAGCCGUGGACUCAUUACUCCAGAGAACCACCGUAGUGUCACGAUGAGCGGACGAGGCAAAGGAGGGAAAGGUUUGGGCAAAGGAGGCGCCAAGCGGCACCGUAAAGUCCUCCGCGAUAACAUCCAGGGAAUCACCAAGCCGGCCAUCCGCCGUCUGGCUCGCCGCGGUGGAGUCAAGCGAAUCUCCGGCCUCAUCUACGAGGAGACCCGCGGGGUGCUGAAGGUCUUCCUGGAGAACGUGAUCCGUGACGCCGUUACGUACACCGAGCACGCAAAGAGGAAGACCGUCACCGCCAUGGAUGUGGUGUACGCUCUGAAGAGGCAGGGCCGCACUCUGUACGGCUUCGGGGGUUAAACUCAGCCCGGUGAUUACAGCGAACCAAAGGCCCUUUUCAGGGCCGAACCACCACUGCUGCUUCUGGGGCAAAGAUACUUGAUUCAGUCGCCAAAGUCUUGAGCUUUUUCAGUUAAAUAAAUUGAAAUUAAUCU